AUGUCAAUUUGGGAUAAACUCACAGGACGAAAGUCGACGCCAACAGCGACCCACGAUUCCCCUUCAACCACCCCUACCGAUACCUUCUCUCCCACCCCUUUCAACCCUCAAGAAGCCCAAGAUGUCUCUUCUUUCCUCAGUGGACCUUCCUUCGCAGAUCCUUCACAACUACACCCUCUCGCAGGCUUAAAUCAACAAACCCUAGAUUAUCUGUCGCUCGAGGAUUCCGCUUUAUCCGAUCUGCCAGGUUCUCAGUCCGCGUUGCCUUCAAGAGGCUGGUCGGAUGAUUUGUGUUACGGUACCGGAGUUACUUAUCUCACCGCGUUGACCAUGGGAGGAGCUUGGGGACUACAGGAAGGACUGAGAAGAUCAAAUGGACAGCCGCCGAAGUUGCGAUUGAAUUCAGUGUUGAAUGCCGUGACCAGGAGAGGACCGUUUUUGGGCAACUCGGCGGGUGUUAUUGCAAUGGUGUAUAAUGGCUUCAAUUCAUUCAUUGGACACAUGCGGGGGAAACAAGAUUCGGCGAACAGUAUAGUGGCAGGAGCAUUGAGCGGAAUGAUUUUCAAGAGUACAAGGGGUGUUCGACCGAUGAUGAUCUCAGGAGGAAUUGUCGCAUCAGUUGCUGGCGCGUGGGCAGUCACAAGAAAGGCUCUCUUUUAA